ACUGGAUUGCUGCGUCGGUCACACCCGAGGAUUUCGACCAUCACGACCAGCUCAGGCCUCCCUGGUCCGCUUGUGCGUCCGCUCGUCAGGACCAACGCUCACGGCACGCUCCUGCAAGCCAGUCCGGCCCGCACCUUGUGCGACACUUCAAAAGUCCGCUCCACUCGCACGCAUUCAGAUCGAUACAUAUUGUCGAUACAUAGCGCCUACUUUUGAUCACGACAAGGCCACUUCUCCGACUGGGACUUCAUCGUCGCGACCAUGUAUCAAUCUCCAACGCAACCCGGCCAGUGGCCGCAGAAUCCAUCGCCUGCGAAUCAACAACCGAACAAUCAGCAGCAGCAACCACAACAGCCGCAACAAAAUCAACCGCCGCAACAGCAGCCGCCGCAGCAAUGGGCUCAACAACCACCUCAGCAGCAACAGCAGCAGCAGCAGCCGCCGCCAAAUGGCCAAUAUCAGCAGCGUCCUCCGUCGCAACAACAACAACCAAUCGGCCCACCUCCCACGCAUCCUCCUCAGCAAGGUCCCGUGAUGGCGACACUUCAGCCGAAUCAUCCGGAUCAAUAUCGCGCGCUGCCUUCGCUACCUCCGCCCGGACAAAUGUACGCGCAGCCAUAUCAGCAAGCACCGCAGAUGGGCUACCCUCCAACACAACCUGCACCGCGUCAGAGAACCGCAAUCGCGUGCCGGUAUUGUCGCCGACGCAAGAUUCGCUGCUCCGGUUUCGAUCAGUCCGAUGAUGGUCGCUGCACCAAUUGUCAGCGUUUCUCACAGGAAUGUGUCUUCACUCCAGUCAGUGCUCAGACUCAGGCUUUCGUUCCUGCGCAUACCGUCUGGCGCGGUCAGAACCCACCCGCCAAUACACAGCUGUACGGCGCCUACGGUCAACCUCUUCCUCAUGGUGGUCGUGAAGGAUACCCUCCGCAACAGCAACAACCAGGACAACCAGGCCAAUACGCUCCACCUCCGCAAGGUUACCAACAACAACAACAACAACCGAUGUACGGUCAAUCUCCGCAGCAAGGUACGCCGAUGAAUCCGGAUGGCAGUCGCAAACGCGGCAAUGACGAGCCGCACACUCCGACUCUGCCGCCUCCCAACCCUGCGCAAAUGGGUCCUGAUGGUCAAUACCGCUACCCUGACACAAGUGGUCUGCCAGACGCAGGUCCUGAUGACAAGCCUCAGUUCGUGCGCAAUCCUGUUCGCGAUGUCGGAGUUCAGGUCGAUUUAAUCACCGGCAAAGACGAGUCUUCUUAG